CAGAACUAAUAUUUGCUACAGCCAGAGACUGAAAUGGUGUGACUGGAGCUUUAAAUAAUUUGGCUUUGACAGCUCCAUCAUUUUCUGAGAACUUGGAACGGAAUUUGGGCUCUGCUUCUGCACUAUCCUAGGUUAUAAUGCCAUCCUUGCCUAAUGAGGGAGAUAACCAUGGAACUGCUCCUCUGACUUUGAGUUCGGAACUACCCUAUCAAAGCACAAUUAAAAGAAAAGUCAGAAAGAAGAAGAAUGGAGUCAUCACUGCAAAUGUUGCUGGCACAAAAUAUGAAAUUGUACGUGUAGUAAUACGAGAGAUGGGAUUUGUGAAAACACGUGACGAAGAUGAAACAGCUAAUCUUAUAUGGAGUGAUUCUGCUGUGCAACAAGAAAAGAUUGCUGAACUUCGGAACUAUCAGAGAAUCAACCAUUUUCCAGGAAUGGGAGAGAUCUGCAGAAAGGAUUUUCUGGCAAGAAACAUGACUAAAAUGAUCAAGAGUCAGCCUCAGGAGUAUAGUUUUAUUCCUCGAACAUGGAUCUUCCCUGCAGAAUACACACAGUUUCAGAACUAUGUAAAAGAACUGAAGAAGAAACGCAGACAGAAAACUUUCAUAGUCAAACCAGCUAACGGUGCAAUGGGACAUGGGAUCUCUUUAAUAAGAAAUGGAGAAAAGUUACAAGCUCAGGAUCACUUGAUUGUUCAGGAAUAUCUUGACAAACCAUUUCUUAUGGAAGGCUACAAGUUUGAUUUACGUGUGUAUAUACUUGUAACCUCUUGUGAUCCAUUAAAAGUAUUUUUAUAUCAUGACGGACUGGUGAGAAUGGGCACGGAAAAGUAUCAUCCCCCCAGUGACUCAAAUUUGAGUCAAUUGUAUAUGCAUCUGACUAACUACUCUGUCAAUAAACAUAAUGAACACUUUGAACGGGAUGAAACAGAAGACAAAGGAAGCAAACGCUCCAUAAAAUGGUUUACUGAGUUUCUAGAAACAAAUAAUCUUGAUGUCUCCAAAUUCUGGAGUGAUAUUUCAGAGUUAGUAGUGAAGACUCUCAUAGUUGCAGAGCCACAUGUUCUUCAUGCUUAUCGCAUGUGCAGGCCAGGCCAGGCACCAGGAAGUGACAGUGUCUGCUUUGAAGUCCUGGGAUUUGAUAUUCUGCUGGACAGAAAGCUAAAACCAUGGCUCCUAGAGAUUAAUCGUGCCCCAAGCUUUGGAACUGAUCAAAAAAUAGACUAUGAUGUAAAAAAAGGUGUUCUGCUAAAUGCAUUAAAGCUUCUCAACAUACGGACAAGUGAUAAAAGGAGAAAUUUAGCUCAACAGAAGGCUGAGGCUCAAAAAAGAUUGUAUGGUCAAGGUUCAAUGAAAAAACUGUUGCCAGGUUCCUCAGACUGGGAGAAGCAGCGCCACACACUGGAAAGGAGAAAAGAAGAACUGAAGGAAAGACUUGCACAAGUACGUAAACAGAUUUCCAAAGAGGAGCAUGAAAACAGACACAUGGGGAACUACAGGCGAAUUUACCCUCCUGAUGAUAAGACGUUACUUGAAAAGUAUGAGAGUUUGUUAGCCACUGCUUUCCAAACUUUUCUUGCUGGGAGAGCAGCUUCGCUACAGCGGGAAAUGAAUAACCCUUUAAAAAGAAUGAAGGAGGAGGACAUUUUGGAUCUUCUGGAGCAGUGUGAAAUAGAUGAUGAAAAACUAAUGGGAAAAUGCACCAGGCAGCGAGGACCUAAGCCCUUGUGUUCAAUGCCAGAAAGUGCACAGCCCUUAAGAAAACUUAAGAACUACAACAGUGAUAGUAGCUGUGAUAGCGGUAGCAGUAUGUCAGAAUCGGGAGAAGAAACUGAAAAGGAAGAUCAUAAUGAAAAAAAAGAGAAAAAAGUUUCAUAUGAUCUUGAAGAAAAUAAAUACAAAUCUUUGGAACGAUCAGGUCCAAUAAGGCGUUCUGUAAGCUGCCCUCGUUCAAUAUCGACUAUGCAGUCACAAGCAGCUGAGCAACGUCCCUUUUCAGCCAAAGCAUCUCUGCAAAUACAGCGUGCAUCCUCAGUGAAUAGGUCUCAUUCUUUAAAUCGCAGCCCAUCUUCAGCCAGAGUCUCUCAGACAGCCAGCUUGGGACCUAUGAACUCUUCGGGGAGUGAAUCUUUGCUGCAACAGAAAACAAAAGAGCAAGAAGUUGCUUUGACAAAAGAGACUCUUCUCAUUAUUAAUGACAUGAGAAUGAAGUUCCCAGGUAAAACAGAUGAAGAAUCAGAACUAAUUAUAGAAGAUAUUAUGGAUAAUUGGAAGUACCAUAAAACAAAAGUGGCAUCCUAUUGGUUGGUAAAACUGGAUUCUGUAAAGCAACGAAAAGUUUUGGACAUAGUCAAGACAAGUGUUCGUGCAGUUCUACAGCGUGUCUGGAAGGCUCCAGACAUUGAAAAUUUACAUCUGUACCGCCUCUUUAACCGUGUAUUUAAUCGCUUGCUUUGGAGCCAUGGUCAAGGUCUAUGGAACUGUUUCUGUAAUUCAGGGAGCUCUUGGGAAACCAUAUUCAGUAAAGGCACAGAGGUGGUGACUCCUGAGCAACUCCAGUGUUGCCAACGAAUAGUACAGCUUUGUAAACACUGCCUGCUGGUGGUUUACAAAUAUUCAUCAGAUUCAAGAGGAUCCCCAACCGGAAUUAGCCCCCACUGGGAUGAUACAAGGUAUUUAUUGCCAGGACCUUCACUGUUCAUCAUGAAAUCAUCCUCGUCUAACCUUAGCUGCAGUUCGUCUGGAAUGCCUCGCCCUAACAUUUUGUUCACACACAGAUACAGUCACUUGUGA